UAACAGAGCUCACUGUCACAAGACUCGCACUCACAAAGCAAGCUCCUGAGCACCAAAAAGAAAAAAAACCAUCAUUAUUUUUGGAGCUGCCCUAAAAUAAAAUCAAGAUUCCAUCAUAUACUUCAACAGUGUACAUUGAGUUCUACAAAUCUCUCUAGAUUUUGUGUUAAAUCUCUUCUCAAGGUCAGUAUCCAAGAGGCACAUGAUAUUUUCAAAUCGAUGUUCAUGUUGGAUUAGUGAUUUCAGGAUGGAUGAACAUAAUGCUAUCGAGAGGCGUUGUGGAGCUCGACCUAUUUUGGGAAAUAUAACAAAUCAGAUUGGAAACAAAAGGCCAUUUUCUUCAAUUUGGGGCAAUCCAGGUCUAAAAUCUGCAGAUAAGGGAAGAGAAAAUCUAGGGGGGAAAUUUGUGUCGGUGGAUGAUGGAGAUAAAGCUAAACGUGUUUGUGUUGCUCCUCCUUCUUGUAACAUGAUUAGUUCGUCAAAGGUCGAUGUUGUAUCAGGGAUUUCAAACAUACCAAAUAAUAACCAGGAUCCCAAUUUUUUGCACGUUGGUUCAUCUACUGCUAUCUCCAAGAGUACAAUCGGAGAUAACAAUGAGAAUAGUAGUGCUCGUGGGAGUGUGAUUGAAGUUAUCAAUGACCAGGAUAGUAUUCCAGAGAAAAUUUCUGAAGCUACUAAUGAUAUGGAUGGUUUGGUAACUGGUGUACCGGUACAAGCAUUGUCCGGAACUGAAGACCAUGAUGCUAUUCAUAGUUGUGAAAUUAACGAGGAUAGUGAGGGUACCGAAAGUGACAUGGAUCCCGAUGAACAAGGUGUUGAUAAUCUGGUUAUGAGUCAGUCAGGCUCAGUAGACUUCACAAGAUUGCCAGAGUCACAGGAGUCGAGAGUUAAACUUGACACAUGUGUAGUAGGAACACAGACUUGUGAGGAUAAUUCAGGUUUAAGUGCUAGCAUUGACUCCAUUAAAGCUUGUUCCUGUAGCUUUUGCACCAAAGCUGCCAAUAUAUGGUUAGACCUCCACUACCAAGAUAUCAAGGGUCGGAUAAGUGCCAUAAAGAAGAGCCAGAAAGAUGCAAGCAUUUUAGUUGACAGAAGUUGCAGGGGCAAAGGGAUUUGGAAGGAGGGUCCGGAAAAAAAUAUUGAAGCCGCAAAUCUUGAAUCAAGUUUACUGGGUCAGUGGAAGUCACUCUUUCAACACAUGGAGCAUAUUUUUCAACACGAAGCUGACCAGCUAGAAGGUAGUUUAGUUACACUGACUGACCUCAGAGAGAGAUGCAAGGCAGACCUGGAUUCGUUCGCUGGGACUCCAGAGAACUGCUAGUGGGUUCUGUUUGUAAAAUUGUUACUUCAUUUUCUGGAUGUUUGUUUGGUUACUCAUGUAUUCACAUGAUCAAGUGUACCUUCUGAAAUAUCGUGUAACAGUCUGGUUGAUGUAAAGUAGUUAAAAAUGGUGUAACAUUCUGGUGAUCAUACAUCACAACAGAGUGAGCCAUUCUAUGAAAGCUGCAUUUUUCAUGAUAGUUUGAGGCUAUAUUUCAAUUGUGUAACUUCAAAACUACCAUAAUGAACUGUUGUGUAUAUGAGCCAAUCAUUUCUAGAGGCUGCUUAUUUGAUA